AUGUGGUUUUGGGUUCUGUGGUGGAGUUUUUUUCAUCCUUUUUUUUUUAAAUCCCGAUUUUUCAUUUUUAUUUCCAUCCCUGGGAGAGGCCCUGCAGAAUUCCAGACUGGCAGAGAAUCCUGAAGAAACCAGAGCGGGACAAAGGCUCAGGAGCCCGGCACAAGUUGGUGCAAGCAAAGAAAACCAGGAAAAAAUUCCUUUUGCCAAAGUUUCCUAAGGAUCCAGGCUGACUUUCCGUGUUUCUCUUGGAUCCCAGCACGGGAGCUGCAGCCUGGCUGGAGAGCUGCAGCAGCAGCAGCAGCUCAGGAACAGCGAGGGAAGGAAAAUCCAGGGAUUCUGAGGGACCAGGUGACGAGGAUGAGCUCCGUGAUCCUGCUGCUGCUGCUGCUUCCCGCCGGGAAUGCCGGCUCCCAGCCGGAGCAGCCGCUGCCCAGGCGGCGCCUGGCGUGCGUGAGGUGCUGCGGGCCCUCGGAGCAGCCUGUGUCCAUCUUCUCCCAAAGGUCUGCCAGGAUGAGCGGCCAUCCCCAAUAUUCCCUGCCCAAAAUCCAGCCCACCAUCGACAUCACCAUCCUCAAAGGCGAGAAGGGCGAGAUGGGCGAGCGGGGAUUCCCGGGAGCCGCGGGGAAGGCGGGAGAGCGCGGAUCCCGCGGGCUGAGCGGCCGCAAGGGCCAGAAGGGGCAGCCGGGCCCCCAGGGCCACCCCUGCAAGCAGCUCUUUGCCGCCUUCUCCGUGGGCCGCCGCAAGCCCCUGCACAGCUCCGACUACUUCCAGCACGUCACCUUCGACACGGAGCUCGUCAACCUCUACCAGCACUUCAACAUGUUCUCCGGGAAGUUCUUCUGCUACGUGCCCGGCGUUUACUACUUCAGCCUCAACGUGCACACCUGGAAUUUCAAGGAGACCUACGUGCACCUGAUGAGGAACGAGCAGGCCGUGGCCAUCCUGUACGCCCAGCCCAGCGACAGGAGCAUCAUGCAGAGCCAGAGCCUGAUGCUGGAUCUGCAGGAAGGGGAGGAGGUUUGGGUCAGGAUGUUCAAGAGGGAGAGGGAAAACGCCAUUUACAGUGAGGAGUCGGAUCUUUACAUCAUCUUCAACGGGCACCUGAUCAAACCCGCCCUGGAGUAG